ACUUAAUUUUAAGGUUAUAUUUACGAAUAACUUUGACAGUGGUCAUAAUAAUAAUAUAGAUUUGAAAUUGAAAUGGUUUCGAUCAACGUGUAAAAUAGGACUAGAAUCAGUUAAAUUAGAAUAAUGUCGAGCCGCGUGAAAUCCGGCGCGACCAGAAUAGAAGUGGAAAUAGAAAAAAGCAGGGAAGAAUCGAAUUGGUUGAGGGUGAUAGAACUUGCCGAGCAGCUCAAAGACAAGUCUCCGGAUUCUGUGUGCUUGGCCGAUUUUCUCAUCGGUGAGGGUAAAUUAGAAAACUAUUUGGAAGAAUGGCCACCCAUCGAGGAAAACAUCAAUUCCGCCAAAAUCGGUUUAAUCGAGGCAAAACGUUACCUAAACAUGGUGGUUACACAAGCUGGAAUUAAGGCCGGUGUAGCCAUGGAUGCCCAUUUAUUACUGGGAAAACUACAAUACGCUUGCGGACAAUACGCAGACGGUUUGAAUCACUUUCGAUUGGCAGAUUUGCACCACAUAAAAGAAAAAAAGCUCCCGUUGAGGAGUUUAAAAAUCGUUGCGGAAUCGUACGCAGUGAAAGCCCUGUGUUUACAAAAAGACGACACGGCCGCCAGUAAAUUCAAAAGGGCCGAAAAAAUCGACGAAAUGAUCAAGUGCUUGGACUUGUCCACCGAUUUAAGCCUGCUAUACAUGCAGAAACUGGAAAAAGAGUUCAUUUCGUCGGUCCCUAGUUCCAACACAGGCAGUCACUCGCCGCAACCGCCUGCGCAACAGAAGCCCUUGGGCGAAAUCCUGGAGCAAGCCAUCCAGCUGGCUCCUGCUCUGCUCCUGCAACAGAACAAGCCCGAAUUGGCGCUCGAGCGCUACAGGAGCUCCCUCUGCGCCAUCGAAGCGCACGGCGUGAACAACAUCCGACUGAAAUUAAUGUGCCAAAUGGCCGAGCUGCUGUUGCGCGGCCUGCUGGGCGAGAGCUACAAGGCCCCCAUACAUUCCGCGCACAAGGCGUCCGCUUGGAAGCCCAAAUAUUACACGUCGUUGAAUCAGUUUAUACCGAGGAACGAGUUCGAAGAAGCUAUUUUGGUGAUAUUAGUGGCGGAAUCCAUGGCUGUUAGGAACACGGUACUAUCGCAGUCUCCCGAAUUCAGAGAUAUCAGACUUAGCGCUUUUCAAGAAGCGGUCGCCGUGUACGAUUUGCUCGCCAUUGCGACCGUCCGUUGGGGCCAAACGAUGCUGCUCGAAGAGUCGUUGGAACGUUCCAUGAAAUUUUCUUUCCAAGAAGCUCACAUGUGGAAACAGUACGCCCUCAGUUUGAUGACCAUCAACAGGUACGAGCAAUCGCUGGAGGUGCUGAAGGAAGUCAUACAGUUGGAACCCAACGAUCCCAGCAAUUACCUUUUAGCCGCCAAAUUGUGUUAUGAGCAACUUAAUCUGCCCCAAGAAGGCAUUACAUUCAGUACAGAAGCCAGAGAAAAGUCUUUAACAUCACCCGGAGGCCUCUUGGGCAGGUGCCACUUGUACAUAGGAAUCGGUUAUCACUUGCAAGCCGAGUCGACUCAGCUGAUAAAGGACAAGGAGCAAUUUAGAAAUAAGGCUCUUGCGAAUUUUAGGAGCGCCGUGGAGCUAGAACCGAACGACCACCUCUGCCGCUACUACUUGGGCCUCCAGUUAGCCCUGAUGAGAAACAUCCCGGAGGGCCAGCAGCACGUUUGCGUGGGCCUGGACCUGCAACCCGAGCAUUCCUCUUCGCUGCACCUGCUCAUCCUCCUCCUGACCGCCGAAAGGCAGCACGGCAACGCCCUGCUGGUCGUCGAAAACGCCCUCGAGGAAUACCCGGACAGUUUGAAUCUCGUGUACGUGAAAGCGUACCUGGAUUUGCACGAAAAGGGACCCGAGAAAGCCCUAAUAACGGCCAAGCAAAUGUUGGAGCUGUGGAAAAACCUGUACGAAGGCCAAACGAUUUCGGACGUGCCCGAAUGUGAUAGAAAAAGCGAUACCAGAUCCGUCUUCCAAUUGUACACUUCUGAAAUGUCCGAUAAAGAUUCAAGUUCGUUGCAUCUGCAUAACAUAGCCGCUUCACGAGUGGAGCAGGCCCUCAGCGAGGUGGCCAGCACGAUGAGCAGCUACAACCCGAGGCCGGGGCCGCAGAGGGCGUGGAUGCUGCAAGUCGAGAUAUGGCUGUUGUUGGCCGAACUGUACCUGGCCCUCGACCAGCCGUCCGACGUGCAAAUGUGCAUACAGGAAGCCAUGCAGAUCUACCCGCUGAGCCAUCAGAUAAUGUACAUGAAGGGGCUGCUUCACAUGCACAAACAGGAGUGGUCCGAUGCCAAAACGUGCUUCCAAAACGCCGUCGCUAUUAAUCCGCUGCACGUCAAGUCGCUGCAGCAAUUGGGCCUCGUCUACCACUAUUUGGAUCUUCAGGGCUUGGCGGAGACGACUCUACGCGAGGCCGCUAAAAUCGAGCCGAAGAACCACAUUACUUGGUACAAUUUGGGUAAAGUGUUGGAGGCCGAAGGGGAAUUCGAAAAUGCCAGCAAUGCGAUGGCGACGGCGCUGUUAGAGGAACAAAACAGUCCUAUUCUUCCUUUUAGUUCAGUUCCUUUGUGCUUUGAAUAAACGUUUAGAUAAAUGACGUGUUCAACGCGACCAUAGUAGUUCAAGAAAUAAUGGUAGAAGUUAAAAUGCGAUGAGAAUCAUAUAUGUUUGGUGAACUAGAGCAAAAUGGAUUUUCGUUUUCUUUCCAAAGAAUAACAAAAUUGUACUUGUAAGUUAGAAUUCGUUAAAAUCGUAAAAUCUAUUCAUUUACUUCCACAUAUAGGACAGUAUUAUUAAAUAUGGUAUUUUCAGUUUUGUUACUUGUGAUGAAAUGCAUUUGAUUUUUACAUAACGGGAGUAUUCAAACAUUUUAGAAUUCAAGAAAAAUCUAAAAUCUCGAGAUCCUAAGAUCUUGAAUAUUUCUAAUGUAACCGUUAUUACAUAAAAAAAUAUAUAAACAGUGAGAUUUAGGUGAUUCUAUUUUGUUAUUUAUUAAAUAUUUUAAUUAUUUUUUGUACUAACUAUUCUAUGGUGAUUGUUAUUUUAUUGUUAAAAUAGUAAAUGACAUAAUAAUAUAAUUUUAUUUUGUA